GUCCAUAUUCAAAUAAGACAAGAUGACGCCCUCCUCCUAUUUUAGCCAGCACUCUCCACAGAGCACCACCUUCCAUUUAUCUUGCGACGACGAGCCUCUUCAAGCACCAGCUCUUCGCACUCGGUCUGUCAAAGACACAGAAUCAUGUCCGACGAAGGAAAACUUUUCGUCGGUGGCCUGAGCUUCGACACCACAGAGGAGUCUCUGGCGGAAGCUUUCGCCAAGUAUGGAAACAUCGCAAAAGUUGAUGUCAUCAGGGACAAAGAAACGGGAAGGUCUCGUGGAUUCGGCUUCGUAAAGUACGAUAAUGCCGAGGAUGCGAAGGACGCAUUGGAGGGAAUGAACGGCAAGUCUGUCGAUGGCAGAACCAUUCGUGUGGAUGAAGCCGGCAAGGGUGGUGGUCGCUCAGGAGGUGGAGGUGGCGGUGGAUUCAGAGGCUCCAGAGGCGGUGGCGGAUAUGGUGGUGGAGGUGGCUAUGGAGGGGGGAGAGGAAGAGGUGGGCGAGUUUACUCGCGAGGUGGUGGAGGAUAUGGUGGUGGUGACAGGGGAUAUGGUGAGAGGAGCUAUGGUGGUGGUGGUGGAGACCGCAGCUAUGGGGGUGGAGACCGCAGCUACGGGGGUGGCGGUGGAUACAGGAGCGGCGGUGGUGGAGGGUACUCUUCUGGUGGCGGAGGAUACAGAGACAAUAGGGGCCAGGGAGGCUACGGGGACCGCUCUGGGGGUUCCUAUAGAGACAGCUACGACAGUUAAGCUGCACACGAGUAAAAAUCCACCCCUGAUUCAAGAUCAUCCCUUGGCUGGCUGUAU